AUGCAACAUCACCACAAGUGCUCAUCGAACGUUCACAGAGAGCGACACCAGUGCCUCCUUCUCGUACUCCAACCCCUUCCGCAAGCACAAGAAGCGCACACUGUUCUGUCAUCUACGUUGCAAUGUGCCACCCGUUCACAAGGCUUACUUUAUCCUCUCGCCGAGGUUGUGGAAGAUAGAAACGUGAUGGCAGAAGACGAUCUCGUUAAUAGACUACCCUCGGAUUUACGAAUUCAAUUCUUGGAGCAGCAGGAAGCCAUUGAACUGCGGUAUCUAAGGCUGUAUACCAACCAAGUCCCUGCACUACCUACCACACGGAACAGCACCAGUGCCGCAUCACCAUUUGUGCCUAUAGUGCAAUGCCAACAAUCGGCUAUUCCAUCAAAUCGUUCAGGCGAUCUGAACGUGCGAUUGGAUGCUACUGGAAUUCCCACGCAGAAGACAAAUCAACAUCCGAAUAUUCCCAGGUUUCGUCUUCCUCCUGUUGUGCGUCACCAUGAAGCUACAACAGUACAACCACAAACUGACAAUCUCACUGGCGCUCCGACUUUUUCUCAUCCCCACGGUGAUCAUCGGGCUCGCGUCUCUGCUUUUGUCCCGUCAACGAGUAAUAUGCCUUCAACUGGUCUUGGAUUUUAUCCGUCUGCGUUCCAGGAUGAGCAUACAGCAAUAGGAGGCUUGACAUUGCUGAAUGGAAGUCAAAUUGCUGCUCGCCAUGCCGUGCCGAAAGAGCUGCCAAUAUUUACUGGUGAGCCUGAGGAGUGGCCACUAUUUUUUGCCACAUUUGAAAACACGACACAUCUUUGUGGACUCACACACGAGGAGAAUAUGAUUCGACUCCAGAGGUGCUUAAAAGGGAAGGCACUAGAAGCGGUAAGGUGUCAGUUAUUGUAUCCUAAUAACUUGGAUCAAGUUAUCUCUACUCUGAGGAUGCUCUUCGGCCGGCCAGAAAUUAUAGUUCAUUCGCUAAUGCAGAAGAUCAAUAGUCUUCCAGCCCCUAAAGCAGAUCGCCUCGCGUCGCUUGUCGACUUUGCGCUGGCUGUGCGUAACAUGGUGGCCACAGUCAAAGCUUGCGAUUUAGAAGAACACCUUUGUAAUCUCACGCUUCUACAGAGCUUAACCGAUCGACUUCCUCCGAUGAUUCGUCUGAACUGGGCAACCCAUCGACAGUCACUUCGUUCCGUAACUUUGUCUGAGUUUAGCGAAUGGCUGUAUAAGUUGGCGGAGGCAGCGAGCACAGUGACAAUGCCGCAGUUUUCGGUAGCAGUGGACAAUAAACUUCGCCGCGGAAGGAGAGAAGAUGGAUUUCUAAAUGCUCAUUCUGAAUCUACUCCGAAAAUAAAUCAAGCAGACACUGGCAACGAGUGUCUCGUUUGCCAGGGAAGUUGUGCGGCAGUGGACAAGUGCAAACGGUUUCUUUCGUACAGCCUUUCUACUCGUUGGGACACGCUUCGUAAAUUUAAAAUUUGUCGAAACUGCUUGACCAUCCACCGUGGACCGUGCAAGACGUCUAAACCGUGUGGGAUAAACGGAUGCCAGACACAGCACCAUCGUUUGUUGCACAAUAGUUCGAAAGACAAACAAGGGAGACCACCAUCUGUGUCGACCGAAAUUAGCAGAAGCCCAGAUACCGAUUAUGAAUCUGAAGCUACCGAGUCGUGCAAUACACAUCAAGGAGGUGAAAAAGAUGUGUUGUUUCAGUACAUUCCGGUAAUCCUAUACAACAAUGGAAUUGAGCUGCAUACGUAUGCAUUGUUAGACAGUGGGUCUUCGUUAACAUUAAUGGAGGAAGGUUUGGCAAAAGAAUUGGAGCUUAAUGGUAAGAAGCAUCCAUUAUGUUUACGAUGGACGGAGACACUUGCCGUUAUGAAAAAGACGCGACAAUCGUAUCUUUCGAUAUAUCUGGCACACGUAACACAAGUAGCCAACACAACCUUACGGAGGUUUAUACUGUGA